AUGAGCAGCGGCUGCCGCCUCCUCCGGCAAUGUCUGCAGCGCGCGCGUCCCGAGCGCGCCGGCGUCCGCGCGUACAGCGCCCUGCAACGGCGCGGGUUCGCGCACUCGGUUGCUAGGGCCGCCGCCGCCGCGCCACCCGCGCUGGACGUGACGCACGACUUCGAGAAGCGGUUGAAGCAGCUGGAACAGGCGGGCGACCUGGCGGGGUACUAUCCGCCGAACCCGCACAAGGCGGACCGCAUGACGGCGCAGGAGGUGCACGAGGCGUUCAAGGACCUGCAGAAUGACGAGGCGCGCAAGGACAUGACGGUGACUGUUUUUGGUACGGUGUCUUCCCGCCGCUCUUCGGGCUCCAAGCUAGUCUUCAUCGACCUGUAUGACCGCGGCCACACGGUGCAAGGGCUGUGCAACUUUGGAGUGCUGGAGCCGCAGGGCGUAGAGAAGUCCGACUUCAAGCGUUUCCAGAAGCUCGUACGCAAGGGCGACAUCUACGCCGUAACGGGAUAUCCCACCCGCACACCCAGCGGCGAGCUCUCCAUCGUCGCGACGGAGCUGCCGCGCUCCCUCGCCCCCUCCCUGCACCAGCUGCCCGAGGUGGUCGAGAGCCCCGAGACGCUGGCCCGCCAGCCGCACGUCGACUUCCUCGUGCAUCCCAGCCGAGCGGCGACGCAGCGUGUGCGCUCCGCCAUCGUCAGCGCAAUGCGCCGCUUCUUCGACCAGGACGGCUUCAUGGAGGUCAAUACGCCGCUGCUGACGGCGGGCGCGGCGGGCGCUGCUGCUCGCCCGUUUGAGACCAAGGCGAACGAGUUCCCGGAUGAUCCGCUGACGCUGCGGAUUGCACCGGAGCUGUUCCUGAAGCGGCUGGUGAUUGGGACGGGGGAGCGGCUGUAUGAGAUUGGCACGGUGUUUAGGAACGAGGGCAUCGACGCAACGCACAACCCCGAGUUCACCAUCUGCGAGUUCUAUGAGCCCUACGCAACGCUGGAAGCACUGAUCCAGCGCACCGAGACGCUCUUCUCCCUCCUGCACAGCACGGUGACGCAGCUCGCCUUAAGCAACAAAGUCGUGCGCGAAGCGCUCACGCCCACCUCCACCGACUUCAGCGCGCCCUUCAAGCGCCUCGAAUUCAUCCCGACCAUCGAAAGCGCCAUAAACCAGCGUCUGCCAGACCUCAGCGCACCCACCGCCUUCGCCGACCUGCAAGCGCUCUUCAAGGACCUGGCCCUCACGCCCCCCGCCGACGCGACGCUGCCGCGCCUGCUCGACGCCCUCGCAGAACAGUACAUCGAGCCGCUCUGCACCGCGCCGACGUUCAUCACGCACCACCCGGAGAUCAUGGCGCCGCUCGCAAAGUCCUACACGGAUCCCGUGUCCGGGCAAGUCGUGAGCCGCCGCGUCGAGCUGUUCAUCGCCGGCCGCGAGUACGUCAACGCGUACGAGGAGGAAAACUCGCCGUUUGCGCAGCGCCGCAAGUUCGAGGCACAGUUGGCCCAGCGCGAUGUCGAGGCAAGGGGGCUGCGCACCGUCGACGAGUCGUACCUCGAGGCCCUGGAGUGGGGUCUUCCUCCUACCGGCGGCUGGGGCUGCGGCGUCGAUCGGAUCGUUAUGCUGUUUGCGGGCGUGCAGAGGGUCGCGGAUGUGCAGCCUUUUGGCUCGUUGAGGAAUGUGGUUGCGUUGGGGAAGGGGCGGCCGAGUUAG